AUAACUGAGAUACGUACGAAACUCCAUCUCAGGCAAGACAGGGUGAGAAGAUCCUGAAGAUGGCUCUCCAACAGUCUGUGUGCGGGUUCACUGUGAUGAUCUUUCUGCUAUGCACAGGUUGUCAUUCACAGAGGCCUGCUUGUGGCAGAGUUCUAAUCAACAGCCGAAUCGUGGGGGGUCAGGACGCUUCUGCAGGAAUGUGGCCCUGGCAGGCAGUGUUACUCCAAAAUGGGGAAUUCUCCUGUGGAGGCUCACUGAUCACUGAUCAGUGGGUGCUAACAGCUGCUCACUGCCUUUCAAUUUUGGACCUCAACUCCACUAUUGUUCAGCUGGGCGCCCAAAACCGAUCAAGUGACCCCAAUGCCGUGUCUCGAACCCUUGAAGACAUCGUCUGCCACCCUGAAUAUGAUACUCAAACCCUCGACAACGACAUCUGCCUAAUUAAGCUCUCUGCUCCAGUGGAAUUCAACUCGUACAUCCAACCUGUCUGCCUGGCCUCACAGGACAGUGCCUUCCAUGAUGGGACUUCCAGCUGGGUCACAGGUUUUGGAGACAACGGGUUUGGCUCUUUACCUGAGAUUCUUCAAGAAGUAAAUGUGCCGAUUGUGGGGCCAAAUCGCUGCAGGUGCUACUACAAAGACGGCAAUGAAAUCACAGACAACAUGCUCUGUGCUGGACUUGAAAACGGAGGAAAGGACUCAUGCCAGGGAGACUCAGGCGGACCCCUGGUGUUUGAAAGUAGUUCCAUCUGGAUUCAGGGUGGAGUCGUCAGUUUUGGUGCUGGCUGUGCCCAGGCUUAUAAACCCGGGAUCUACGCUAAAGUGUCCAACUACCAAGACUGGAUCAGUAACACUGUUACUGGCACGGAGCCGAGCUUUGUUACCUACUUGCCGGGAGGCGAGGACAUGGAUCAGUACUUUAUGUGCUCGACCAUGGUACCCCCCACCACCACCGAUGACGACACUUUGUUUGGCGGGGCCGGACACUUGAGCCACUUCACUCACAUCUUCUCUUUGUCCGUUCUUGCUCUGUUGCUCCAUGUUUUUGUUGGAAGAAUGUAAACCCUAUUACCUAAAACCUGGAAGCACAUACACAACACAUUAAAGGCACUUUUCUUUCUUGAAUACUUCCUGUCAGUGUGCCACAUGUCCGUACGCCAAAUCACUUCUGACAAAAGAUAGUUCAGGCAAUUGGAAAGAGUUUUUUUUAAAGCAAAUUGCUGCAAAUUUCUGAAUGUAGAAAUUCUUCAAAAUUACAUUUUAGGCCUAGUGGACAAAGCACUAAUGGGAAGUAAUCAAUAUGUUUACUCUUUCAUAUCACAACUUUAUUACACAUUAUAGAAGGGGGAAUUGUGACAUUCACACACACAUUGAUUUUUUCUGACUUGUCAGAAUACACAAAACUCAAAAUCAAGCAUGUUUCAUUAAAGACGUUAUAUUAGUUUCUAGACUUUUAUGAAUAAAGAAAAUAAAUAUCUGCAUAUUUGCACUUCAUCAAAGUUUUAAUUUGAACAUUAACAUUUGGAACAAAAUAAAAAAAAGACAAUAUUACAAAAUGCAGCACACAAACUUGAGAGCAUAUAUAAAAUGGAGGAAAUGAGAAGAACUUUGGGAUAAGAUGGGUUUUGUCCCCAUUUUAGUUCAACUCUUCACUUUGAUACUAAUCAGUAGAAAAGUGUUUGAGUUCCCUGAAUCAUUGUGGUUGAGCACUGCCUCAUUGUGUAUGACAAAAAAUAAAUGGAUUUGUAUCAAUAAAGCACUUUAAAAUGCA